AUGGUGAAGGCGAUCGACUUUGACUUUGGCAAUAAUGCAGAAGUGACUUAUUCCAUUAGCACGCUAACGGAUCCCGAGUUCAGCCAGAUGUUCUCUGUCGACCCCGUCUCCGGGUGGGUCAGGGUGGCCCAGGAACUGGACUUUGAAAACCACAAACAAAUUAGUUUGACGCUUACAGCUUCGGACAGAGGAGAGCCUCCACGGCAGUCAAAUUGUUUGGUGGAGAUCACACUCACAGAUGUCAAUGACAACGCUCCGAAGCUUCUAUUCGAACCAGGCAGCUUAACAAAUUUCGCCUUAGUGCCGGAAAAUGAAAUUGCUGGUCGCAUUGUCGCCGUGUUCACCGCCAGUGAUGAGGACAGCGGAGCCAACGGAGAGGUGGUGUGCUCGAUUAAGUCCGUGAGCAAAAUCGAAGUUGAUGCAACAAUGGAGGAAGAGGAGUACAACAAUGGGAAGGAGGAAGAGGGGGAUAAUGAGGGAAUGGAAGGAAAUAACUUCUUCAAACUUGAGCUUAUGGCGUUGCCGUUUGCAAAAGUUUACCAGUUGUCAACGGCGGCGGUAUUUGACCGAGAGGCGGGCGGGCGAUACCGUGUCUGCAUCAUGUGCUCAGAUAAGGGCUCAAGGCGCCAAAACACCACAGGGAGUGUGAUUGUGCGCAUCCAGGAUGCGAAUGACCACUCGCCCGAAUUUCCGACCAGUCACUUCAAUUUUCGGGCUCCAGAAAAUCACCGCAUUGGCAGUCCUCUCUUCACCUUAACUGCGGAGGAUCCCGACGAAGGUGAGAACGCCACUGUGUUCUACUACCUCAUCUCUUCAGAGGAUGUAUUUGCUCUAAACAAUCGAACUGGAGAGGUGAGUCUGCGUCAGCCGUUGGACUACGAGAAGAAAACUCAGCACAAUUUCACAUUACUCGCUGUGGAUGGAGGUCAACCACCAUUAACAGGCUCCGUUACUGUCACUCUAUUCGUUGAAGAUGCCAAUGACAACGCCCCAGUUGUGACCUCUGAUCUCAUCCUCUCUGCUUGGGAAAAUCAUUCAGCUACGGACCCCAUUGGUGCCAUAUCAGCAAUGGAUCUUGACACAGGAUUAAACGGAAAUUUCUACUUUAAAAUUGCUUCCAUUAAGCCUUGCUUCUGUGGUGUGGCACCGAUGGAAGAGAAGAUGACCAAUUUCAACGACUCUCUCUGCUCGUGGGCUCUGGAAAUGGUGAAUAAGUGUGACGUAAAUUUGGUAGACAAAACCCAUCGACUGUGCAGUCGAGCGCCUCUCAAAUUUGCCCCCUCUUGGACCUCCAAGGAGUAUCGCAGGUUCCUCAUGACGGAGCGGGGGGACAUUUACCUUCGGUAUUCCAACCUAGACAGGGAGACCGUUCCCGUCUACUUGAUUCAGGGCUCGGUAACCGACCGUGGGCAUCCACCCCAAAGCACCACUUUCUGUGCAACUGUAGUGGUCAAAGAUGUCAAUGACUGCCAUCCCAAAUUCACCUUCCCGGCUCUCACUAAUAACACUGUUCUUGUGCGACUGCCAAUACUGCGGGGCGAACCGCUCGUGCAGUUGCACGCUACGGACAACGACGCCAACGAAAAUGGUGAAGUUCGUUUCGGGUUUGCUGAGGAGUCGGAGAGCUCUGUGGCCAGUCUAUUUGACAUUCAUCCCUACACAGGUCUCAUGGUCUCCAAGUACAAUCUACAACUCAGAGAUUUGGAGUUCGUUGGCUCUCCAGCCUCUAUUUUGAAGCAGACUCAUGUGGUGCGAAUAAAGGUAGUCGAUCAGGGAACGCCUUCGCUUAUCUCCUACGCCAACUUGCGAGUGCGUUUCCAAAUGCGGUCAAACUCAGAAGUGAAAGCUGAUUUUCCGUCUCUCAAAGAGCAGCUGAUUCUGCAACGACGGCAGCAGCAUCACCAGACUGCAGAUCCUUAUGAGGAAUACAGAGGACUUCAGGCGGAAACGACGCGGUCCUUCGAUCGCACCACAUGGCGGAGCAGCGUCGUUUUCAUAAUCCUCUGUGCAUUCUUUCUCGUUCUCCUUCUCUUUCUAGCGGUCCUCCUCCUCGCUAUUUUCAUCCGACGCUCCCUCCAUCCCCUGUCUCCCUACAUCUCCACUACCACCUCCUCUUCGGUCACAGCCACUACGGCCUCUCGGCGUGCUCCAUUGGCUCUCUUCAUCUCCCCCAUGCAUCACCAUCAGAACCCUAACUACCAGCUCAGUGGCAGCUCCCUCACACUUCCCCUACCCGUUACUCCUUGUCACACACUGCCUCAUAACCUCCCACAGACUUCUGGACUCUGUGGUUCGGGUGACCUGUCCAUUGAUUCUAGUGCUGUUUGA